UUAAUGAAAGCCAUAAUGUACUUUCUUCUAGGCUGAUAGCACCACAUACACCGGCAGCCAUAUCAUUAAUGAGAUGCUGGAAAUAAUUGGCAAGAUGCUGGAAGAGGAGGUACUGGCAGAGGUGUCAGAGUCUCCUGUCUCGGGGUUGAUGGUUGACGAGACAACUGACAUCUCUGUCACCAAGCAGCUGGGUAUGGUGGUCAGGCAAGAAAUCUGGAGUUGGGAGGCGACUCACGGACAUGUUCCCUGGACUGGUGACUGUACACUGUGUGACUCACUGCCUGAAUCUUGCAGUGUCAGACUGCAUUAACCAGGGCAAGGGGGUGCCUUACCUCACCCAGUACUCCCGGACCAUAGGGACCAUCUUCUGGUUCUACCAAGGUUCAAGUAACCGAACCAACAGCUUCCAGGAGAUUGAGAAGGUGUUUGAGCUACCAGAGCUUAAACUACAGGGAGGAAACCAAACAAGGUGGGAAAGCAACAAGGAGGCCACUGAUGUCAUCAGGAUUUUUCCUGCCUUGUUUGCUGAUCUGUCCUUGCAAGCCCGUUGUGAGCCCACUGCACAUGGACUCUACAAUUUUGUGAUGAAUGAGUUCUUCCCUGCAGCCCUGUGUCUGAUGCAAGUCGUCCACGAUAAGUUGCACAGACAGUUCCAGAUGUUCCAGAGAAGGAACUUGUUCUUAUCCCAGGUUGAACAUGAGACCCCCCUUGUGAAGCUCAAGAAGAGGAACCUUGUGAAGGACAGGUGGCACUCCUGGCUCACACCAGAGACAGGGCUGAAGCCACUGCAGGAUGAGGUCCCUUCCUACUUUGCUGAAGGUAAUGAAGCCAUUGCUGGACAUGUUGGUUGACACCAUUGAGAGCAGGUUCCCCAGCAUUGGGCAGCCUUAGCCACUUUGCAACCUUCACACCAAGCACAGUGGCCAGCAAUUCAGACUCGGUACGGUGUGGAGGACAUCAAUGCUCUUGCCAAAGUGUUUCCCAGGCUGAGCCAAUCAGACAUGCUGUCUGAGUGGGACACUUUCAUAGAGAGGGUUAAGAGGCCAGACCUGAUGUCUAAAACAAUGGAGGAGACUCUCCUGUGGCUUGUGUGCCCUGAAAGUGCAGAGCUGUACCCAGCACUCAGCCUGGCUGCUGCCAUUGCUCUCACUGCCCCAGUCCAAACAGCUGAUGUGGAGGGGCUUUUCUCUGGCCUAAAGCUUGUCAAGACAGCCCUAGGCAACAGGCUCAAGGAUGACCAUCUUGACAUCUGCUGCCGUGUUUCGCUUGAUGGACCUCAUCAAGACAGCCUGAAUUACACAGACCUGGUGAAGCACUUUUACGGGGCAUGCAAAAAGAGGACAGUGAAAUGCUCUACAGUUG